CAGUCAACGGAAACACAGGCCACAUCACACAGAGACAGAGGCAGACCUUGCUGCUUCAAACAAGCUCAUUUCUGGGACAAACUUGAGAGAGCCUCUCCGCUGACGUUCGCGAGAAUGUGUGCCACGGAGGAGAACGACUACGUGGAGCCAGGGUUCUUCAACACUUCCAGUGACGGCAGCCAGGGGCACAAACGCUUCCUGGAGUUCCGCAAGUUCUUUCUGCCUUCCAUGUACCUGGUGGUGUUCAUCUGUGGCCUGCUGGGUAACUCACUGGUGCUGGUCGUACACAUCUCCUACCAGAAGCUGAAGAGCCUGACGGAUGUGUUCCUGAUGAACCUGCCCUUGGCUGACCUGGUGUUUGUCUGCACUCUGCCCUUCUGGGCCUACGCAAGCAUCCACGAGUGGGUCUUUGGCAAGGUCGUGUGUAAAACCCUGCUGGGCAUCUACACUUUGAACUUCUACACGUCCAUGCUCAUUCUCACCUGCAUCACCAUGGACCGCUUCAUUGCAGUGGUUCGGGCCACCAAGGCCUACAACCAGCAGGCCAGGCGGAUGGCCUGGGGCAAGGCCAUCUGCUUGCUAAUCUGGGUGAUCUCCCUGCUGGUUUCCCUGCCACAGAUCAUCUACGGCAACGUCCAUUAUCUCGACAAGCUCGUCUGUGGUUAUCACAAUGAGGAGAUUUCCACUGUAGUUCUUGCUACCCAGAUGACACUGGGGUUCUUCCUGCCACUGCUCGCCAUGAUGGUGUGCUACUCAGUCAUCAUCAAGACCCUGCUUCAUGCCCGAGGCUUCCAGAAGCACAAGUCUCUGAAGAUCAUCUUCCUGGUGGUGGCUGUGUUCCUGCUGACCCAGACGCCCUUCAACCUUGUGAAGCUCAUCCGCAGCACGAGCUGGGAGUACGCCACGAUGACCAGCUUCCACUAUGCCAUCGUCGUUACAGAGGCCAUCGCCUACCUGCGGGCCUGCCUUAAUCCUGUGCUCUAUGCCUUUGUUGGCUUGAAGUUUCGGAGGAACUUCUGGAAACUUAUGAAGGACAUUGGCUGCCUCCCUUGCCUGGGGGUCUCGACUCAAUGGAAGUCUUCCGAGGAUGCUUCCAAGACCUAUUCUGCCUGUCACAACGUGGAGGCCACCAGCAUGUUCCAGCUGUAGGCCUUGCCCGGGCUUGGAGAGCUGCUCAGGAGCUUGCAGGAGCACGGCUGUGUGCUCUGGAUGGGAUGAGGGAGGCUUUGUUUAUGGCUUGCGCUUUCUCAUGGAGAAGUCACCCCACCCUGUAGCUGGUGUGUGACGCUGCUUCUCGGGCAUGAACACAUUCUGCUCUCCUCUCGAAGCCCCAGGCCUAAAGCUCAGUGCGUCGGGGAGAGGGGAAGCUCUAAGAACCGGAAGGGCUUUCCUUCCUCUAGCCCCAAGAACGCUGGCUCCCAGGGAAUGAUGUGUGACCCUUAAGACCUUAGGUUCUCCUUCCUGGGGACUGGGACUAAACGCUGAAGAGGGGAGCCUGGCCACACAGCUGCUGAGGGCAGGUGAUACUCCAGGCUCCCCAGUUCAGAAGACUCCUCUGGUCACUGGGAAGCAGGGAGAUUAGAACAGCCAUGAAAGCGAGUCCUGGGCCGCAUGGCUGGGACCUCAACCACCAGGCACCUGACAGAAAUGAGAACAGGCUCUGCCUCACCUGGGGGCUGGGUGUCUCACCUUUAUAUAGAGAGAUGCUUAUAUUCUCUCUGAUUAAUCCUGGAAGGAGGAACACCAGGGAACAUGAAUGGGCCCAGACCAAUUAGCUGCGGGCUCCAGGGGCCCACAGAACGCUGGGAAAAUGUGCAAAGCAGAGUUUAAGACGGUCGUGAAUCUAAGCGGCAUUUCUGAAAUGUAUUCUUUGGUGGGUUUGCUCAUUUAAAAACUAAAUUGUCCAAUGCCUGAUACACUCAACGCACAUAUAAUCAUGUAUCAGUAUAUAUAGAAUACAAAUACGCCUGUAUCAAACAGCAUAUGAUUUUCAUGACGAAGAAAUAAAACCUUUUUAA